AUGAAGCUCCCGAGCAAAUGCAGCUUGGGGGUGGCAGCUGCAGAGCAGCCCACUUUGGGCGAAAUCCUUCUGGAAGCAACAUAUCACGGCCAGCGUCUUCAAUUUUCCCUCUCCAAUCUCUCCAAAAUCGACUGCGGGACUGGGCCGCCCGACCAUGUCAUUAUCCGACCCAUUACUUGA